AUUGUGGGUAAUAUAAGGUGCAAAGCAGAUCAGCACGCUGAGGACUGUGGGUGGAAAAAAUAGCUUCCGCAGUUCCAGUCAUCAGGCGAGCCUAAAUGCUUUCUGAGGGGACGUAGUUGGACGCUCUUUUCUGUCUUGUGGCGCAAGGGUUCCAAACAGUUGCGCUGCUCUGCCGGUGUUGAAAACUAGCGCAACAUGAGUCUAAACGAGCAUUCACUGCAAGCCCUGUCCUGGAGGAAGCUGUAUCUGAGUCGAGCCAAACUGAAAGCUUCGAGUCGGACAUCAGCUUUGCUUUCCGGGUUUGCUAUGGUUGCUAUGGUGGAAGUGCAACUGGACAACAGUUAUCCAUACCCACCUGCUCUCCUGAUCGCCUUCAGUGCCUGCACCACUGUGCUUGUUGCUGUUCACCUGUUUGCUCUGAUGGUCAGCACCUGCAUUCUGCCAAACAUAGAGGCCGUCAGCAACGUGCACAACCUCAACUCUGUGAAGGAGUCUCCACAUGAGCGGAUGCACAGACACAUUGAGCUGGCGUGGGCUUUUUCAACUGUCAUUGGCACUUUACUCUUCCUCGCUGAGGUGGUUCUGCUCUGCUGGGUCAAAUUUUUGCCCAUUAAGCCCGACAAAUCCAGCAACAAUACAGUCUCCUCUGGUGUGGCUGCUGCUAUUACCUCAACCUCCAUUAUGGUCCCCUUUGGGUUAAUCUUCAUAGUCUUUGCUGUGCAUUUUUAUCGCUCGUUGGUCAGCCACAAGACUGACAGACAGUUCCAGGAGCUCGAGGAGCUGUCUAAUCUCACCAGGCUUCAAAACGAGCUCGACAACAGGGGGGAAUCUUCCAUUUUACAAUCGCCAAGCUCACAGUUCCCAUAGACAAAUAUGCAUAUGCAUCUGUUUUGGAACUCCUUGAGAAGGCAACAUCUUGGACUUCAAUUUUUACAAGAAAGAAGAUCUCUUGCCAUUUGAAAUUUACUUUUGAGUUUAUAUUUUUUUAGAAGACACAUUUGAUCUUACUGUGAACUCAUGAAGGUACCAUAAUGCAUGUAGACCUUAAUAGGAUUGUAUCACUCAUUAGAGAUGCGCACAUCACACAUUUUCUGGCUAAACCCCAUAUCAAGUUUUUUUUUUUUAUGUUUGACCUGCUGAGUUUAAUGUUUUGUUUAUUUUUGCUCAAAAGAAUAUAAAAUAAGAGUAAAAAACAUGCUGCAGCUUCCUUGGUUGAGGUUGUAGCGCUGAAGUAAACUGGAAAUCAAGGAAUUACAUGUUGUACAUGUUGUUGGUUGUUGUGUUUUUAGACCAAAAGUGGUGUGAGCUCUAAAUUCAAUGCAUUUAAUUUACAGGAAGGAAAACAAUGAGAUUUAUUGACCUGUUAAUCACAGAUCAGAGCCUGUCAAGGUGUAAUUGGUUAACUGAUGCCUCUUUAUGCAUUACGGCAGACAUCUCAUCCUUGGACUAAUUUCUGUUACCUGCUGCAUUUUAUUUAUCUUUCAGCUUAGCACAUGUUUCUUGAGUAUUGCACUGCUGUGUUUGUGAAGCACAGCCUUUUAACUUUUUGUGUGUUUAAAAGAAUCUAUUGUCACUGUAUUUCAACUGUUUUCUGUAUGUGUUGACUAAUGAACUGCCAACCUUACAGUAUUAGAGUGCUGAUGUCUGUUGUUUUAUUAAACGGUUUUUAACGAA